AUGUCGGGAAUCCGCCAUGACAACUCCGCGCAGCUCUGUGUGUUGCUCUGUGAGACCAUGGCCUUUCCAAAGGGGCCCCCGACAGGUGGCGAGAAAGGUAUGGUGUGCCAUUGGUACAUCACCAUGGCGAAUGGAAAAACCGCGCAUUUACCCUCGGAGGUCUUCACUCCUAAGGGUAGUGUGCAGCUCGACUGGUGCGCAUUUCUGGUCUUAGACGCCGGAGUGCAGGCAGAUGUACGCCUGACGGUGGCAGACCUUGCAGGAAACCAUUUGUGUGCUCACUUCGGCACCACAAAAAACCUGGCAAAGUCGGACCAGUUUGACAUCCGAGAAUUGAAGUUGGAAGAUGUGAACGGAGUGGUGGCCAUGAUGACUGUCCACGCCGCAUCACAGAUGCGCUGGACCGGUGCUUCUGCACCGAAACGAGAGCUGGGCUCGUGUGACUUCCUUCCGGCCGAUGAUGCGCAAGCCCUGCACAUCUGGAAGUUUCUCUUUCCUUCUCGGCCGCCGCCCAAAGCGAGGUCCGAGCUGAAGCCCAUUAAGGAAGAAGCAGAGUCCGAGGUGCUGACUCCGCAGAAGACUCAGGCAGUAGAUGCGGACGAAGAGGAAGAGGAAGAGGAGGAAGAAGGGGAAGAAGAGGAAGAACAGGAAGAGGAUGCUGUCGAGGAGGUACCGCCUGUCAAAGAGCAGGAACUUCAAGAACGGAGGGCUGAGGAGGGUAGUGAAAGAGAAGCAAAGGAGCGAGAAGCAAAAGAACGAGAAGCAAACGAACGAGAAGCAAAGGAACGAGAAGCAAAAGAACGAGAAGCAAAAGAACGACAAGCAAAAGAACGAGAAGCAAAGGAACGAGAAGCCAAGGAGCGCGAUGCCAAAGAACGAGAAGCCAAGGAGCGAGAAGCCAAGGAGCAAGAAGCAAAGGAAAGAGAAGCACAGGAACGAGAAGCGAAGGAACGAGAAGCCAAAGAACGAGAAGUGAAGGAGCGAGAAGCAAAAGAACGAGAAGCGAAGGAGCAAGAAGCAAAAGCACGAGAAAUAAAGGAGCGAGACGCAAAGGAGAUGGAACGAGCCAAAGACGCUCACCGUCGGCGUUCGCAGGACUCGCAGAUCCGCCUGAGGCAGAGCUACUUGCGAAAGUCUGAGGCCGGAGAUCGUGAAAGAAUCCUCCCUCGGCAAAGUCUCAGAGCUGUUCGAAGUGGCGAACAGGAGCGGCUUGGACGAAGAGACUCCCACUUGGCACCUCGAGGAAGCCUUUCAGCGGCUUGCCCUGCAUCGACACCUCCAAUGCAGGCCCAUUUGGAUAGACGGCCAGUGGAUCGGCGAUGGUUAGAGGCCUCAGACAGCGAGGAGGAACUGCACUUUGACAGCGAGCCAGGAGAGGCGAGACCCUCGCGAGCUGUGCACCAAGGGAGUCACAGGCAACACUUUCCGGUCCCUUCAACGCCUUUGGACACAGUGGAAACAGAGCAAAAGGACGCCCGACAGGGAGCCCGGCACAGGUGGGAGCAUGGUGGCCCAAAGUGGCCCCCCUCCCGGUCCGAGCUCUUGGGAGGCCAAGAGCCUGCGCUGCACGACACUAAGUCGGAUCUAGAGCUGGCACCUCCGCCACCUCUUCCUGCCAGUGGCGAAGAAACACCAGGAUUUCCGGAGCAGCUUCGGCAGAUUCAGCAGCAGUUGCAUCAGCAACAGGUACAGCUGAAAGAACAGCUGCAGCUGCAAAGGCAGUUGCAGCACCGUUGGCCCAGCCCCUUCACCGCCGGACCCAAGCGACACAGCCCUGCGCCGAAGCGGCAAAGUUGGCGAGGUUCCAAGACGCAGCAGAUUGCGAAGCCCAUGGCAUCUGACGUGGAGGGAAAGGCGUCUGGAGGUUUUCCUGCAACGGUGGAAGGUCGUACUCAAAGCUCUGGCGUGACCCAGGUGGCUUGCAGGUGCCGCAGGUUGUACCGAGUCACGACCAGGGGUCUUGGGAUUCGUGCAGGCCCCGAUGUGACUUCUCCGCGCACCGGCGCCGUGUUGAAGCGCGGCGCGGUCUUUGAGGCCUCCGUGGUGGCACCAGGAGCUGAUGGUCGGAUUUACCUGAAGUUGUCUGGCUGGCGGGGUUGGGCCUUUGAUGAUUCAGCCGUGGACCCUAUGGAUCCUUCAGUUGAAGCACUCAACGAGCAGGAAGUGCUCGAAAUCUUGACCUCCCAAAGCACUUCAGGCGCGGCACAGAGCGACCCGUCGCAUCUCACAGCGAAAGAAAUCAUCGAGCCCUCCACUUUGGAUCCCUUGGUGCUACCUCGCCGCACAGAGGUGGAGAGAAAACCACGAGGCGAUGGCUGGUCUACGCCCAGUGGAACUCCUGAGGCCGAUGCUUGCUUCCCGCCUCAUAGGAUUUCUGCUUCGCCAGAUGAGGUCUUGCACCCCUCCAUCAGCCACGAAUUUCGUGAGGCCAUGGGUUUGAGACGUCCUAUGCCCGACCUGGCACGGCAGCUGUGA